AUGCCUCCUGUAAGCAAAGCAAGUAAAUCUUUAUAUGAUUAUAUCGUCAUUGGCGGUGGUUCGGGUGGUAUUUCGGGCGCUAGAAGAGCUGCAGGUCUUUAUGGUGCAAGCGUAGCCAUGAUUGAAGCCAACUCAUACUUGGGAGGUACUUGUGUGAAUGUGGGCUGUGUGCCCAAGAAAGUCAUGUGGAAUACCGCCUCUAUUGCUGAAGCCUUACACCAAGCCAGUGGUUACGGAUACACUGUGGGCCCCUUCAAAUUUGAUUGGGCAACCAUCAAGCAAAAAAGAGAUGCUUACAUUAAGCGUUUGAAUGGCAUUUAUGAUACCAAUGCACAAAAAGAGCAUGUAGAGCAGUUUUAUGGUCAUGCCCGAUUCACAGACCCUCAUACGCUCAGUGUGAAACGCGAAGGUGCUGAUCCUGUUGAACUCAAGGGUAAACAUAUCUUGAUUGCCACAGGCAGUGAGCCUAUUGUUCCUCAAGUACCUGGUGCUGAAUUGGGUAUUACUUCCGAUGGAUUUUUUGAGCUUGAACAUCAGCCCAAGCGAGUUGCUGUUGUAGGCACAGGCUAUAUUGGUAUUGAGUUGGCUGGCAUUUUUCAUACGCUUGGUUCAGAAGUCACUAUUUUCUCGCGUACAAAGCAAAUCUUGAGAAAGUUUGAUCCAGUCAUCAAGGACACUUUG